GCUUAGACUUUCCUUGAGCAGUGGACAACAGCAACAAGAGCAACAAGAGCAACAUGGGGAACUGGAUCAUCAACCAUGGACUCACUGCAUUCAUACUGAUUUUGUGGAUGGGCAUCAACAUCUUCCUCUUCGUUUGGUAUUACUUCGUGUAUGACUUGGGGGACGAUUACAUCUACACCAGACAUCUGUUAGGGUCCGCUUUGGCUUGGGCUCGAGCUCCUGCUGCUGUCCUCAACUUUAACUGCAUGCUCAUCCUGCUCCCUGUGUGUAGGAACCUCUUGUCUCUGCUCCGUGGCUCUUUUGUGUGUUGCGGAAGGUCAAUGCGACAACAGCUUGACAAGAAUUUAAGUUUCCAUAAGCUUGUGGCCUACAUGAUCGGGCUGAUGACAGCGGUUCAUAUAAUCGCCCAUUUACUGAACGUGGAGUGGCUGAACAACAGUAGACAAAACGUUUACGAUGACCUGAGCACGGUUCUGUCACAACUGGAAGACGCAGAGGAAACUACUUAUCUCAAUCCAAUUCGGGUGGUUGACCUUGAUCCACAACAGAUUCCAACCUACUUUGUGUUCACCUCCAUUGCCGGCCUCACUGGGGUCAUUAUCACUCUUUCCCUCAUCCUCAUCAUCACGUCGUCUAUGGAGGUCAUCCGGCGGAACUAUUUCGAAGUCUUCUGGUACACGCAUCACCUCUUCAUCAUCUUCUUCGCUGGGCUGGUUAUCCAUGGAGCUGGGCGUAUUGUGCGACACCAAGAGGAAACAGACCCGCCUCAUAAUUUCACAUACUGCAAAGAUCAUAUGUACAACUGGGGAGAAAUACCAGAGUGUCCUAUGCCUAAGUUCGAAGGAGGGUUUCCAAAGACUUGGAUGUGGGUUAUUGGGCCCAUGUUUUUGUAUCUUUGUGAACGAAUUCUACGUUUUAUUCGUUACACUCAGCCUGUCACAUAUAGAAAGAUUGUGAUGAGGCCAUCCAAAGUUCUGGAGCUUCAGCUGGUGAAAAAUGGGUUUAAAAUGGACGUGGGUCAAUACGUCUUCAUCAACUGCCCGUCCAUCUCGCAGCUCGAGUGGCAUCCUUUCACCAUGACCUCUGCCCCCGAGGAGGACUUCUUCAGUGUGCACAUCCGCUCGGCUGGAGACUGGACCAACAAACUCAUCGAAAUCAUGGAGCAGCUGCCAGAGGGAGCCCAGGGACCCAAGCUUGGUGUGGAUGGCCCCUUCGGAACAGCCAGUGAGGAUGUCUUUGACUAUGAGGUCGCCAUGCUGGUCGGUGCUGGUAUUGGAGUGACUCCAUUUGCCUCUAUACUCAAAUCGAUCUGGUACAAGUUCAAACAGUCAGACCCAAAGCUGCGAACCAGAAAGAUCUAUUUCUACUGGCUGUGUCGGGAAACCUACGCCUUUGAAUGGUUUGCCGAUCUCCUCCAGGUGCUAGAGACAGAAAUGGAGGAGAGAGGGAUGGGAGAUUUCCUCACGUACAAGCUUUACCUAACUGGGUGGGACCAAAACCUGGCUGACUUCUUCAGUGUCAACUUUGAUAAGGACACAGAUGCAGUGACUGGGCUGAAACAAAAAACAAACAUCGGCAGGCCCAUCUGGGACAAAGAGUUUGAACUAGUUCGCAAAGUGUAUCCCACGUCUGGGGUGGGAGUCUUCCUGUGUGGCCCAGAAGCCCUGGCCAAGGUUUUAGGGAAGAACUGCAUCAAACACUCUGAUGUAGAUCCUCGAAAGACAAAGUUUUAUUUCAACAAAGAAAACUUCUGAUACCAUCACUCUUUUACAAUGUACAUAGACAAUUGAUACCCAGUGAAAACAGCAGUUUUUUUCUUCCAUCUUGUGGUUUCAGCCACUGCAGCACUCCCCAUGUUAUGUGAAAUAUCAUUUUUUUGAACACAGUCAUUUGCCAGCCUACGUUUAGGAGGCUGGGUGUGGAGACGUAUUUAUAAUUGACACAUUAUGCAAGACAUGGGCGAUAUUGCUCUUAAUUAUUCAUUUGAUACGUUAAAUUUUACAUUGUAGUUAACUUUUAAAAAGUAGAAUUCCCAAGACCAGUCAGAAAGGUUUCUUGGUAUAGUUUUGCAGUUUGACAUUAUGUAAAUAUGAAUUUAUCUCAAGGCUUUGUGUGUUCUGUUAAUGCAACUGUAUGUAAGAUUUUAAUUUUAUAUUUCAUAAACAUGAAUCUGUGCCCUACAAUUAAAUGUAACUUUUUCUGAUUUAUUCUUAAUUACAAAAACAUGUCAUAAUGUCCCUUUUAUUUCUGAUACAGCAUACUUUUGUUCUUACAAUUAUCCAAUCAGAAAGCAGAAUGAGUAAGUCCCUCAUUUGGGUUGCCAGUUUCAAUGCUGAAAUCCGUCCAGUUGGUUUAACUUUGAUCUGAAGCCACUACCUAAACCCCAGCACCAGCAGCCAAUCAGGCCAUCCUGAGAAUUUGGAGGUUCUGAGUUUUCAAGAGUCAUGGUCUAUGUGCUGAGAAUGAGACACUUGAAUGUGUCCUCUAUACACAGGCUAAAUAAGAUUAUCUACAAUUUUAAACUAACACUUUAGAAAACAAUUACAACAUAUACAUGUUUUUUUUUCCUACUAAAUAAAUGCAAAAUCA